AUGAUUCAGUAUAAAGGAUUAAGCAGUACUGCUAUUAUCAUUUUAUUAUACAUUAUUAUAUAUUCUAUUAUUAUUGCUAUACAUACGUCAUUAUACGUGGACGUAGCGCAAACGGAACAAACAGAACCGUUGGAUUUAUCAAUAUCAAAAGUGAAAGAGGAAGGAAAUAAAUCGCAAGGCUUAUCAGUGAAAAGAGUGAGUGAUGAACGAAUUAAACCGCGACGACUUGUUCCAAUCGAUACACUGAUGGAAGUAAUUGAACCAGAAAAAGAAAGCACAGGAAAGAAACGGCGUUGUGAUAUAUGUCAAAAGGAAAUAACACAUAUGAAAAAACAUGUGAUGACUCAUACCGGUGAAAAGCCGUAUAGUUGUCCAGUAUGCAAGAGAAAUUUCACUCAAUCCUGCCAUAUAAAAAGUCAUAUGAUGACUCAUACUGGUGAAAAGCCGUAUAGUUGUCCAGUAUGCAAAAAGAAUUUCGGUGAUCUCUGUAAUAUGAAAAGGCAUAUGACGACUCAUACUGGUGAAAAGCCGUACAGUUGUUCGAUAUGCAAGAGAAAUUUCACUCAAUCCUGCCAUAUAAAAAAUCAUAUGAUGACUCAUACUGGUGAAAAGCCGUAUAGUUGUUCGAUAUGCAAAAAGAAUUUUAUUCAGUCCAGCAGUAUGAUAGCACAUAUGGUGGUUCAUACCGGUGAGAAGCCGUACAGUUGUUCCAUAUGCAAAAAGAAUUUCGGUGAUCUCUGUAAUAUGAAAAGGCAUAAGAAGACUCAUACCGGUGAAAAGCCGUAUAGUUGUUCAGUAUGCAAGAGAAAUUUCACUCAAUCCUGCCAUAUAAAAAAUCAUAUGAUGACUCAUACUGGUGAAAAACCUCAUAGUUGUCCACUAUGCAAGAGAAAUUUCACUCAGUUCGGGGAUAUGAAAAAACAUGUGAUGAUUCAUACUGGUGAAAAGCCGUACAGUUGUUCGAUAUGCAAAAAGAAUUUUAUUCAGUCCAGCAGUAUGAAAUCACAUAUGAUGAUUCAUACCAGUGAAAAGCCGCACAGUUGUUCGAUAUGCAAAAGGAAUUUCGGUGAUCUCCGUAAUAUGAAAAGACAUAUGACGACUCAUGCUGGUGAAAAGCCGUACAGUUGUUCGAUAUGCAAAAAGAAUUUCACUCGGUCUGACAGUAUGAAAUCACAUAUGAUGAUUCAUACCAGUGAAAAGCCGCACAGUUGUUCGAUAUGCAAAAGGAAUUUUGGUGAUCUCCGUAAUAUGAAAAGACAUAUGACGAAUCAUGCUGGUGAAAAGCCGUACAGUUGUUCGAUAUGCAAAAAGAAUUUCACUCGGUCUGACAGUAUGAAAUCACAUAUGAUGAUUCAUACCGGUGAGAAGCCGUACAGUUGUUCCAUAUGCAAAAAGAAUUUCGGUGAUCUCUGUAAUAUGAAAAGGCAUAUGACGACUCAUACUGGUGAAAAGCCGUACAGUUGUUCGAUAUGCAAGAGAAAUUUCACUCAAUCCUGCCAUAUAAAAAAUCAUAUGAUGACUCAUACUGGUGAAAAACCUCAUAGUUGUCCAGUAUGCAAGAGAAAUUUCACUCAGUUCGGGGAUAUGAAAAAACAUGUGAUGAUUCAUACCGGUGAGAAGCCGUACAGUUGUUCGAUAUGCGGAAAAAGUUACACACAGAAAUGCACCUUGCAAAGUCACAUGGUAACUCAUCAAAUGAAUAAUAGACUUAUCACUGUAUGA